AUUAACUAUUCACCCUUUCCUUAGAUGGCUACAGAAUCUAUAAAUAUAGGCUACUCGUAUGCAUACUCUACUAUCGCUUAUAUACUUACGUGUCUCCAAUUACAUAUAAUCCGGUAACGUCAAAGGGGGUAUCCCAAGUUCUGUAGGCCGCCCGACUCUCAAGAUGAAAGUCAUCCUGCAGCGCGUGCUGUCUGCCUCUGUGACAGUGGAGAAGGAGGUCGUGUCUUCCAUCGGGAAGGGGCUUCUAGUCUUCGCCGCGAUGGCCCCCGGCGAUACAGAGAAGGAGGCGGAGUCUCUCGCGGCCAAGGUGCUGAAGCUGAAGCUGUGGGACGACGAGGCUGGAGCAAGAUGGAAGAAGAGCGUACGGGAUAUCGGCGGUGAGGUUCUGUGUGUGUCUCAGUUUACCCUGCUCGCGUCUACGAAGAAGGGUAAUAAACCUGACUUCCACGGAGCGAUGGGCGGGGAAGAGGCCAAGCGAUUAUAUCAGUACUUCUUCGACAAGAUACUACAAGACCAUGCGCCCGGCAAGGUAAAAAAUGGCGUAUUCCAGGCGAUGAUGGAAGUCGCCCUAGUUAACGACGGACCUGUUACAUUGGAAUUGUCCACUGGUCAGAGGCCCGCGCCGGUAUCAGCGAAGGCAUCCGCACCGAAGCCAGUAGCGGAACUCGAGAUACCUAGAGACUCGCCAAUAGAAAGUAGCGGUAUCAUGUAAUGCUUAUGACGAGAGGGUAUCAAUACUAUAUUAACAAUGCGUGGGCCUUAAACCAAAAGCAAUUCCAACGAUCGUCUGACACCAGUGAUCCUAAGAACCUGAAAACUCCAGACAUGUGAAACCUGGGUAUAAACGUACGUCGAGAUAGCCCGCCCGCCCCCUUGAUCCAUUCUUGGGCACACGGAAUACC